UUCUAUCCCAAGCUUCUGGUGCGGGAAAGCCCAGGAGCCCGAGGUCUGCGCAAUAUCAAGCCUGGCCACAAGCUGCAGAUUGGUCUUGUCGGAUACCCUAACGUCGGAAAGUCUUCCACCAUCAACGCCUUGAUUGGUGCCAAGAAGGUGUCAGUUUCGUCAACACCAGGAAAGACCAAGCACUUCCAGACAAUUCACCUCAGCGACAAUGUUGUCCUGUGCGAUUGCCCUGGUUUGGUCUACCCCAACUUCGCAAACACCAAAGCCGACCUGGUCUGCAACGGUGUGUUGCCUAUUGAUCAACUGCGAGAGUUCCAAGGACCGGCUGGCUUGGUCACUAGGAGGAUACCCAAGUCCUUCUUGGAAGCCGUCUACGGAAUCAAGAUCAAGACCCGCGCUAUCGAAGAGGGAGGCACAGGCACUCCUACGGCUCCGGAGUUGCUCCGCGCAUAUGCCAGAGCUAGAGGUUUCCAGACCCAAGGAUUGGGCCAGCCUGAUGAGUCAAGAGCAUCUCGUUACAUCCUCAAAGAUUACGUUGCCGGAAAGCUCCUGUACUGUGAGCCGCCACCAGGAACAGUUGAGGGCCCAGAGUUCAACGCAGAGCUCUAUGACGAGACGCAUCUCCCCGAGAAGCGCCGUCGAGCCCUCAGCACGUCUAUGGACACCAUGUCCAUUAUGGACGACGAUAUUUCGAUAGCUCCCUCAGACCUAGCAGCUCUGCCGGCUGGUCCUAAGUCCAAGCAGAUCGACAAGGGUUUCUUUGGCCCCAACAGCAGUGGCGGUCACACCAAGAUGCCCUUCAGCCACAAGUACACGGAGCAGGGGCAGAAGCACUUGAGUGGAAGAAAGGCAAGAGCGAUGAUCGCUCUGGAGAGCGGAGUUGACCCUAAAGACGUGAAGCUGUCGUCCGGAAAGAAGCACUUUAAGGGAGGUGCGAAGACCAGGAAGGGUAAGAAGAAGGCCGAUGAAGACGAUGACUAG